UUGUUUCGCUAGUAGUAGCCAAUUAUGUAUUUGGUAGUAGCCUGAGGAAGAAUGGAAAUGGCUUAGUUCGUCGAAGGAACAUUGUUCAUGUUUUCAGAGUGAAAAAUGACUGGGAGAAGCCCGCACUAUGGUUUCCAGUCGGCCACGACGGUGCAGCCUGCCAAUGGAGGACACGCCUACCUAUUUGGGAACAGCUCUGAGAAUGAUCUCUCGGAGGAGGAUGGUGAGAGCUACGAGCUGCGCUCCCGAGGCCGGGACAGGCUGCGCAGGGGCACCUCCAGGGAGAGGUCGGACGACAUUGUCCACCUGGUCCGAGACAUCAAAGAAGGGGACACUCUGAAUAGCUUCUCCCUGCAGUACCACUGCUCAGUAGCGGACAUCAAGAGGGCCAACAACCUGUUGACAGAGCAGGACUUCUUUGCGCUGAGAUCCAUCAAGAUCCCUGUGAAACGCUUCAGCGUGCUGACAGAGACCCACAGCACCACGCCUCUCAAAUCUGCCUCCCCCACAGGCCCCCGACGUUUCCCCCAGCCCCCCAUCUCCACAGAGAUCUCCACAGACGACUCCUCGUCCACAGACAGCGUGGGCAGCUUCCUGCAGGAGAAGGACAAGGACAUCGAGCUCCUGGUCAAGUCCUCCGGCACCUCCAGAAUCAGCCUGAACGAGGUGGUCUCCUCCCUGACCCUCCAGCAGCCCUUGCUACUGGGGGAGCCUGACUUCAAGCCUGUCCUCAGGAAGGACCCCUACCAUGGGGCAGACUGGGGCAUGAGGUGGUGGACGGCGGUGGCCAUAAUGGUGGUGGUUGUCAUCGUCACUCCAGUGUUCUACCUGCUGUACUACGAGGUGCUGAUGAAGGCGGACGUUAGCCACCACACCACCACCACACCGUCGACCAAUCCCAAGGGCAUGCAGCAUGCCCAGAUGCCUGAGCCUGUGGAAAUCAAUGGAAAGCCCAACUCAGGACCUCAGGCUGGAAACGCACCCAAACCAGACUCACAGAGACACAACGAGGUGGAUGACCACCCUGGCCCUAAGAAAGAGAAAACGUAGUGAGGGCUUGAGACAAACUGAAGGAGCGGGAGAUAUCUGAACAAUUAUGAAAAAAGAGAUUCUCAAAGCUCUCUGAGAAUCACUUUAUGGGGAACAGAAUCCCAUUGGGAAAUUAUGGAGAGGGGAAAAUGAGGACAAUCUGUUGAAUUCUUUCAGUGGACAUUUUUAAAGCAAGUGUUUUUGCACAGUGGGACCCAACUCCUUGUUCCUCUUGCCAGCUGAUGGGACUGUUUCCACCAUAACACUGUCUGAAGUGGGGUUUGUUCUUGGUCAAAACAGUACUGAUUUCUGCCACUUAUCACUUAAAAUAAGUAAUUUAUUUGUGGAAUAUUCAUCUUAUUACAAUAUCAGUAUUGAAGUUGUCUAAAAAUUGUUGUCUAAAUUUUUUUUGGAACAUUGCUGGAAUAUUUUUGCCUGUCUGGGGAGAACUGCAUUUGGACUCCCACAACCUCAGUUUCUACUAAGGGCAAGGGUGACGAAACGGGUAAUGCACAGUGUUGCCCAACACUAGCUAGGUAUAUUCCAGUGAAAUGUUAUAUUGUAGUUCCUCAUCACUAUGUCCAUUUCAUAUGAUGAAAUCAUAAUGUGUUAUGAACAGUAUGUGCCUUCAACCUGUGGAACACUAAGGCUGCUUAGACACAGACAUCCCAAUUGAUAUUUUCCCCCACUAAUUGGUCUUUUGACCAAUCACAGAUCUUUUCACAUCGGCUCUUUUUCAGAGCUGAUCUGAUUGGUCAAAAGUCCAAUAAGUGAAAAAUCGCAGAAUUGGGCUGCCUGUGUAAACGCAGGCUUACAGGCUGAAAAUAAAGUAUAUUUUGAAUAAAUUAUUGAUGCUCA